AUGUUGUUACUGCGGCCGAGCUUGCCGACGGUGGCUCUGAGCUCGCCUCCUGACGUCCCGAGCUUGCCAACGGCGGGUCUGAGCUCGCCUCCUGACGUCCCGAGCUUGUUCAUGGUGACUCCAAACUCAUCUCAUGUUGUUACUUCGGGUUCGUUGUUGGUGAAAGAGUGUGGUCGAGAUGCGGAGGGCACGAGCUUGCCAUUGGUGGGGUCGAGCUCGGCUUUUGUUUCAAGUUCAUCAGUUCCUAGUUCGUUCCUAGGUUUGAGCUUGUCGUUUGCUGUUCCAAGCUUGCCGUUAUCGAGGGAGCCGUGUCACGGUGAGGUGGGGUUGAGCUCGUCUUUCGUUCCGAAUUUAUCUUCUGUUGUGCUAAAUAUGCCGUCAGUGAUGGAAACGUUGGAGCUGAGUUCGCUGAUUGGUAUGUCGUCGGAUGGGAAGGUUGCUCGUGAGCAGCUGUCUUUGUUAGUUCAUAAGAUGGAGCUUGCCGAUGGCCGCAAGUCGUGGUCGGAGAUUGCCGAAUCUGUCAUUGCUGUUGAGUUAGGUACUCUUACUGGAAGUGAAGCAGAAAACAGGGUAAGCGCGAGUUUGAUCGAGGAAGGGACUAGUUUUCUUUUUGAUGAACAUGGGACUAAUUUAGCGGUGGAGCCUGGCGUUGAGGGGUCGAGGUUGUCUUUGACAACGCCUCUUAUUGUCCCUAGUUCGUCAUUUUUGGUGAAGAAGACUAUGUUAGAAACUGUCCGGGAGUAUGAGCAGAUGCGGCUGGCGAACUCUUCUCAAACUAAAGAGUCGUCGUCGGAAACUACAAGUUCCUCUGAUGAUAGUUCGUACUCGAGUUCUCAUAGUGAGAAGUCUGUGGAUAGUGCUGAUGUUGCUGGUGAAUAUGAUAAUAUUUCUGAAGAUGAUAAACGAGAUGAUGACGUCGAAAACGUUGAUGUUGAGGAUGAUGGUGCUCUGGAGAGCGCCGAUGAUGAGUGGAAUGGGACCUGUGACGUUAAUGUUGGCGAGGAAAGUGAUCAAGACGAGUAUGCUAGUGACGGUGAUCAUGCUGCUGUUGGAGAUGACGAGAUGGGUGACCGAGAUGGUGUAGAUGGACGUAGUGAUUUUAGUGGUGAAUGUGAUGACUUUAGUGAUGAGCAGGAUAGUUUUAAUGGUGAGCAAAGCGGUGUUGGUGGUAGUCUAGGAGUCAUUGUUGUAGAUGAUGGGAGGGAUGAUACCGAUGGAGGCAGUGAUCGUUGAGCCGAUGUUACCGAUAUUUUGAGAAAAAUAAAACAAGAAAGCGUGUCUGCCUCCCUUGCUGGAUCGCUUGAUGCCCUUGGUAAUCCUUGUGGCUAUGGGAAGAAGAAGAAAAGGAGGGUCAGGAAGGCGAGGGAAAGGCCUAGGAGUUUCGUAGGUCCUCUUGUUAAUCAUCCGGAUCCAUUGGAGUCGUUUCCUUCUAUUGUUGAUGAGGAUACAAUUAAGUGGAUCUCAGCCAACUGUUGCCGUAAUGGUGUCAUAGAAGCGCAUAAUCUUGGCGAGGAUGAUCGCCCGUGGACGGUUCCGAAAGGGUGGCUUUUUGUUUAUGACUUCUGGUUCACCGAUUAUCAUUUGUGGUUUCCCCUCCCGAGGUUGCUGCUGGUGUAUUGUGAUGAACAUCUUAUUGCACUCGCUCAGCUUACUCCUGCUGCUAUCCAAAACAUAGUUGCAGCUUUGUUCACAGCUGCGGAUAUUGGUGUUCACAUGAGCCUAUGCUUGUUUGAACGUAUUGCGCAUAUUACUCGGUGUGAUAAAAUGGACGGGGCUUUUUAUGUGUCUAUGAAGGCUGGCUGUGGUGUUGUUGGGGAGAGGAAGAGAAAAACGUUAUGUUGGAUUAAGAAGUUUUUUUAUGUUUGAAUUGCGCCUUCUUCGGUCCCUGAUGUUUCUGAUAUGAGUGUCCCUUUUAGGAGUAGUUGGAAUCCUUACAAUGGUCGUCAUUUAGUUGGUGUUCCUCUUGCUCCUGGUGAUAAUGAGUGCGUGGAAUACUUCAAGGAGACAAAGGCUCGGGAUUGGACUGUGGUGAGGCGAUCGGAGGUUUGGCGGCGCAUCCCGUUUAUUGACUCAGCUUGUUGGAGAAAAAUGGAUUUGAGCGAGAUUCCGAGUUUGGUUGAUUGUUUUGUUGGAGUAUUGAUGAUGCUUCUGUUGUUGAGUCUGGUCAGUGUGCCGCUGGUGUGGAGCCUACGGCAUAUGCUCAUAGUAUUGUUAUGGGUCUUAUGAGUUCGACAGUUCCUGUACCGUCCGCUGAUAUUUCUGGAAAGGAAGUUGUUGUUGCGGGCAGUGGAAGUGUUGGGGCGAAAAGGGCUGCCGCUGGUCGUUCACCAAAAGACGUGCCGUCUUCGAAAUCUCGCAAAAUUGUGAGCUCUGAUGUUGAGCUGCCUUUGGUGGUUGAGUCUCCUGCUGCGGAGAAGGCAUCUUUUGAGUCGUUUGAACAUUCGUUCAAGGGUUUGGCUUCGGGAUGUGGUGAUCUUUUCAAGUUGUUUCAAUCACCUGGUGGCGUUGAUGGUUUGCCUUUUGAUCAAGUUAGGCGCGGUGAGUGGUAUCAGGAGUUCGCUCGUCACUUGGCCAUUGCUACAAAGUUUGCGAAUAAAUUGGUGGUUAAUCAAGAUGAAGAGCUUGAAGAGGUGAAGGCCGAGCUCGAAAAAACGAAGGCUGAGCUUGCUUCUAUUAAGGAUAAGGCUGGCGGUUCCGAGGAAAUAGCGGCUCUGCGCGGCAAGUAUGAGGCUGAGAAGAAAGGGUCCUCAGAUGCGUUGUAAGAAAUUUAAAAACUCACUGUAAAGAUAGCUUUGGAAGCUGGGCGGGUGAAGAAACGUCAAGCGGCCGACUUGGAGCGUUUUAGGAAGGAAAAGGAAGUGGCGGGUAAGAGGUAUCGCAGGGCAGUAACGAGACAUGAUGAUGUGCUUGCUACUUUCAAUUCUCGUAUGGAAAAGGUGCUGAGGUAUGUGGAAAAUCAGAAGGUUGUUCGCAUAGCUAUGUAUGGAAUGAAUCAGAUCAUAGGAGUGCUCAAUGCUGCCAAGACUUGGAAGAAAGAGGCAAUUGUUAUUCCUGAUGGAAAUGUUAAGCAUCUUGAGAAUGAAUUGGUCCGGAGGAAGGAGAAGGCGAACUUGGUUGUUCGUGUUGAGUUUGAACCCAAGGAACUGGCUGAUAUCCCUUCCUUUGAUUUUACUCAUCCACUUUCUCCUGUUCAUCCAUCCCUGACUGCGGGGGUUGAAGAUGCUGCUAAGGCAAGAGUGAAGGAGGAAAAUCGUCGUCGUGAGGAAGCAAGUCGUCGUCAUGUGGCUGAUCGUGCUGGUGCUGCGUCUUCGGCUGUGAGGCGUGAGGGUCAGGUUCCUUCGCGCCCAUAGUUUGGUUCGUGUGAUCGUCGAGGCCCUACCUUGCUGCUGCUAUCUUUUAUUUUGCUGCUUUUUUUAGACUUUAGUUGUUAUGAUUUGAUCAUGUUGAUCUCUUUCAGAUAUGGAUGGUAGUCUUCUUGUUGGUUUUUGUUGUUAUGAUCGAUCAUGUUGGACUUCUUUUAUAUGAUGCUUGAAUUCUUCAUGUUUGUUUUUAUU